AUGUUCAUUUCAUCCACGCUUGUCGCCGGCAUCUCCUUGGCGACUGCAGCCUCUGCUGCUCCUACGCUGGAAUCGAGAGGUUUCUUUGACUUCUUUUUCCCAACUUCUAACAGCCCCAGUACCACUGGUACCUGUACUCAGUCUCGUGUCCCCAUUUCCGUCCAAGUUGAUACAACCGCCAUCUCUAUGGGUAAGCCCGUCAAUCAAGGCGAUUUGACCGGUUUCUUGGCCGAAUACUGGGCCACUGGAUCUACUGUCGCCUCUAAAGUAACAACCAGCAAUGCCGAUGGUACUACUCAGAAGAGGCGUAUCCAGGGAACCUAUAAUAUCUGGUCUCAGGUCUGUCAUCCUAAAGGGGUGCAAGGCCAAGUGCCUCUUAUCAUUGGUAUUCAUGGAAUCAACUUCGAUCAUUCUUAUUGGGAGUUUGGAUACUCUAAGGAAUACAACUUCAUCGAGGCUGCAAACAAGGCCGGAUAUGCGGUAUUGACCUAUGACCGCCUUGGCGUCGGUCAGUCUGACAAACCCGAUGGCGUGAACAUCGUACAGUCGAGUACCGAGGUGGAAAUACUUCACCAGUUUAUUCAGCAAUCUCGCGCGUCUGGGAAGUAUUCCAAGAUCUCGGGCAUCGGUCAUUCAUUUGGAUCCAUUCAGCUCACCGGUAUUGCUGCGAGGUACCCCUCGGACCUCGAUGCUGUCAUCCUCACUGGCUUUGCCCCUUCCAUGGUCAGCGUUCCGUUGGCAUUCACUGCCUGGUCACAGACGCUAGCUAGCGACCAAGCGGAUACGGCGAUUCGCUCGCGCUGGUCUUCUCUUCCUGGAGGAUCGUCUGUGAUGAACGACAAGAGCUAUAUGGGAACUGGAAGUCCCAGUAGCGACCGGUUUGCCUUCUUUGCCAAGGGUGCCUAUGAUGAAGGAGCAUUCAAACAAGCUUACAAUACCAAGCAAACUCACACUCUUGGUGAAUUCUUGACCAUUGGGGAACCUAUUUCUAAGCCUGCUACCGAUUACAAGGGCCAUGUGUUCGUUGUUACUGGCGAGAAGGAUAUUAUUUUCUGCGGAGGUAACUGUUUGCAAAAGUCUACUACAGGGUCUGGAAGCUCGUUGCUUGACGAUACUAAGCCCCUCUAUCCGAAUGCAGCAAGCUUCUCAACCUAUGUGACUCCUGGUGCAGGUCACGCUCUUUUCACGCAUUAUGGCACAGCCGAGACGAUUUCCGCUAUUCUUUCUUGGUGCAAGAGUUCGUGA